AUGGCAACUGAGUGCUUGGCUACUCAGUCGACGCGCGAGGGCUUUAAGAUCAUCUUCCUGCUGCCACCCGGCUACGCGUCUCUCUCCCCUGCUGCCAUUCGCCCUUUCGAACUAUGUCUCGUGACCCCAGAGCUCGGCGAAGUGCCAGGCACAUCAAGUUCGGAUUUGCUGUACACUGUGUACGGCCUCAGUAGCUGUGGCUUCGGGGACUUCCUCCUGGCCACGGCUUUGGGCUUUGCUCCAGGAACCAUUGGGCUUGUGUAUGCUGCUACCGCAGCUCGCGACGUGAUGUCAGAUGGCGGCAGCCAACCUUGGUAUGUCUAUGCAGUCGGGCUUGUCGUCACAGCCGCACUUCUGAAGAUCGUCUCCGACGUGGUGUCCCAGGCGGUCAAGGAGGCGGUGGAGGAAGAUGCCAAGGCAGCUGAAAGCUUAGGACGGGUUCAAGUGGUUCAGAUUGAGACAGUUGAGACCUUUGAGACGGUCAAGACGGUUGACGUGGAGAGACGCUCGGUUGCAGAGACGCUCAGUGCUUCCAGGUUCGCUUCAGGAUGA